AGAAGGAGAGAGAGAGCGAAAGGGAGAGAGAGACACCGAGGGAAAGAGAGAGGGAGAGAGAGGAGGAGAGCUCCGUCUUUCCCGGUGCACUUGGCAGUCUAGUUGCGGGCUGCUGUGCUGUUGCUGUCGUGGCGUGGCUGGUCGCGCCAGGCGGGGGAACUUCACCACACUGGAGCCCGGAGUCCCACUCUCUCACCUGCGCAGUUCGGAGCUGCCAUGGCUCUCUCGCCAGGAUUGACUGUCCUAAUUAUUCUGCCGGCCUUCCUGCUGCACACCAGCGGCCUUUACAUCGCCAGUAGCGUUGACUCCCUGCAGCACAUCCUGGGGGACUAUGGACUGGUAAGGCCGAUCAGUGUGGAUGCAGAGGGCCGCUUUCUGUCACAUGCCGUCUCGGCUGGUCGCGUGGCAGCGGGGCAGUCCCGUAGGCGCCGGAAGAGGGAGGUAGGAGAAGGCAACGAUGAGUGGGAAGGACCUAGAGGAGCCGAGGAGAACGGAGAGUACCAAGCCGGUCAGGAGAGGCUUUACUACAACGUCACCGUCUUCGGCCGGGAGUUCCACCUGCGCCUGCGCCACAACGCCAGGCUGGUGGCCCCCGGAGCCAAGAUGGAGUGGCACGACGACCGUGACAGCAUUCGGUACUCUGAGCCCCUGCAUGACGAGUGCCUGUACGUGGGGGACAUCACAGACACACCGGGAGGCACCGUGGCUCUCAGCAACUGUGACGGACUGGCUGGCAUGAUCAGGACAGAGAAAGAGGAGUUUUUUAUUGAACCAGUGGAAAGGGGCGAUGGAGUAAUAGAAAAAGAGGAGGACGGAGGAGGAGGGAGGACACACAUCAUCUAUCGCUCGUCAGCUGUUAAGAAAGUGCCCAUCAGCAGCCCAGCGGCGGACUACCACUCCAGAGGUGCAGACCUGGGCGGCCUCAUGGACCUGGAGUCUCUGUACCGUGGCGUGCAGCAGAGCAUCAACAACACACGGGCCUCACGGGUGCGCCGGCAGAGUCUGGACAGGGCCUACAACAUCGAGGUGCUGCUGGGCGUCGACGACUCCGUGGUCCAGUUUCACGGGAAGGAGCAUGUGCAAAAGUACCUGCUCACGCUCAUGAACAUCGUGAACGAAAUCUACCAUGACGAUUCUUUGGGAGCAAAAAUCAAUGUGGUGCUGGUGCGGAUAAUCAUGCUGGGCUAUGGCAAGUCCAUGAGCCUGAUUGAACUUGGGAACCCAUCUCAGAGUCUGGAGAACGUGUGUCGCUGGGCCUUUCUGCAGCAGAAGCAAGACACGGGGGACGCCGAGUAUCAUGAUCAUGCCAUUUUCCUGACACGCCAAGAAUUUGGGCCCACGGGCAUGCAGGGUUAUGCUCCGGUGACGGGGAUGUGCCACCCGGUGAGGAGCUGCACUUUGAACCACGAGGACGGUUUCUCUUCUGCCUUUGUGGUGGCCCAUGAAACCGGGCACGUGCUUGGGAUGGAGCACGAUGGCCAGGGGAACCGCUGUGGAGACGAGGUGCCCAUGGGCAGCAUCAUGGCUCCUCUGGUGCAAGCUGCCUUCCACCGCUUCCAGUGGUCCAGAUGUAGCAUGCAGGAGCUCGGACGCUACCUUCAUUCCUACGACUGUCUCCGGGACGACCCGUUUGACCACAACUGGCCGUCGCUGCCUCAGCUUCCUGGUUUGCACUACUCCAUGAAUGAACAGUGUCGUUUUGACUUCGGUGUGGGUUACACCAUGUGCACCGCGCAGCUACAAAAGGUGGGCCAGACAGGAUCGCAGUACCGUACGUUUGACCCCUGCAAGCAGCUGUGGUGCAGUCACCCAGACAAUCCGUUCUUCUGCAAAACCAAGAAGGGGCCACCCAUUGAUGGCACCAUGUGUGGGAAUGGAAAGCACUGCUUCAAAGGUCAUUGCAUCUGGUUGACUCCUGAUAUCAUGAAGCAAGAUGGAAACUGGGGAUCAUGGAGCGAGUAUGGCCAGUGCUCACGAACCUGUGGGGGAGGAGUGCAGUUUCGCACCAGAAACUGUGACAAUCCCAGCCCGGCCAAUGGUGGCCGGCCCUGCAGAGGGGCAACUUACCAGUUCCAGAUGUGCAACACCAAUGAAUGUGAAGACAUUUACAGUGAUCCCAGGGAGGAGCAGUGCCACGCCUCAGAGUACAUCGACAAGCACCUCUGGCUGCCUUAUGAACACCCAGAUUCUAACAAACGCUGCCACCUGUACUGCCAGUCAAAGGAGACCAGAGAUGUGGUCCUCAUGGAGAAGCUGGUGCUGGAUGGCACGCUCUGCUCAUACAAGGACCCGCACAGCGUGUGCGUGCGUGGGGAGUGUGAGAAGGUGGGCUGCGAUGGCGUGGUGGGCUCCUCGAAGCAGGAGGACAAGUGUGGCGUGUGCGGAGGCGACAACUCCAGCUGUAAAACCUUUAAAGACACAAUCAUGCGGACUGCUAAAAAGCAGGGCUUCCUUAAAGUUCUUGAAAUCCCCAGAGGAGCGAGGCAUUUACUCAUUCAGGAGCUGAAAGCCACCUCACACACUUUUGCUGUUAAAAAUGUGGCAUCGGGACUAUUUUUUCUGAACGGCGAAAACGACUACCCCGAGUCCCGCUCUGUGAUAGAGAAGGGCGUAGAAUGGGAGUAUGAGAACGACAACGACAAGGAAACCGUCCAGACCACAGGGCCCCUCAGACAUGGAAUUCUAAUAAUGAUGAAAUUGCAUGGCGACGAGGAUGUCAAUUUGUCGUAUAAGUACAUGAUGAAUAUGGACGGCGAUUCGAACAUUCAGGACAACAUGCUGGUAGAGGACAGUGCCUACGAAUGGGCUCCGAAGAGAUGGUCUUAUUGCUCCAAAGCUUGUGGUGGAGGGAAACAGUAUCUGCGAUAUGGAUGCAGAAGGAAAGUUGACAGCAAGAUGGUUCACAAAAGCUUCUGUAAUAAGUCCAACAUGAAGCCCAGAGGAGACAUAAGAGACUGCAACCAGAAGCCUUGCCCUCCACCCAUCUGGGUGACAGGAGAGUGGCAGAACUGCAGUAAACCCUGCGGAAAGACAGGGAUGCAAGUACGGUCCGUCACCUGUGUUCAGCCUUCGGAGGACAACACGACGCGCCUCAUUCACAAUAAACACUGCAGCGACGACCGUCCUGAGUCCCGCAGGUCCUGCAACCGAUAUCCCUGCCCCACGCAGUGGAGAGUCGGCCCCUGGUCACAAUGUUCAGUGACUUGUGGAAACGGGACUCAGCAGAGGCAGGCACUGUGCCACACCAGGGACAACACCAUAGGACUCUGUCUAGACAGCAAGCCUGACACCAUAAGAGUUUGUCGCCUGGAACCAUGUCGCAAGGGCUCAUCAGACCUCAACAAGAAUGGCAACAUUCUGAUCCAGUGGCUUUCCCGCCCCAACCCCAACUACCCAAGGAUCUCAUCACGCCUGCCAUGUAAAGGAGAUCGCUCUGUGUUCUGUCGUAUGGAGGCUCUGCAACGCCACUGCUCUUUACCAGACUUCUGGCGAUUAUGCUGCAAAACCUGCAGUACCAUCAACAGCACCAAACCUGAACCCAAUUCCACCGCUACAUCCACCGUCAACAUCACUGCCAUGCCUACUCCAUCUGAGAACAUUCUCAGCACCAUCUUCACCACCGCUGAACCCACUAAAACUGCCGUCCCCGCUACCUCGACUUCAACCACCACUCACGUCCCAAACCUAAGAACCAUAACCCUUGAUUCCACUGAAUCUUUACCAAGAACAACAAAAACCAUCCCCACUCAUCAAUUACUUGCAACUAGCAUUCCUUUCAUCCCCUCUGUCUUUUCAAGAUCAGUUUCACCUUCUACUGACACUCGUUUAGAAGACUCUACAACACAAGCUCUUUUUUCCAUCAAGUCUUCACUGACACCCUCAACAAUAAUUUCCACUCAUCCAACGGAUACAGUGAGUUCUCCCUCCUCCAGCACUUUUUCAACCUCUGUCACCACCGAUUGUCCAGCUUCUACAAUUCAAACCCUUUAUUUCAUCCCAUCUUCAUCAUCUACCACCGAAGAAACUCCCACUCAUCCACCAGCCCCAACAAGCUCUUUUUUCCUCCCAACCAUCUCUCAUAAUGCAAUCACAACACCUUCUACUAGUCAUACAAAUGCUGAGAUCACAGAGCCACUUUUACAGAGAACUUCAACUACUUCAACAGCUGGGACAGCACGUGCCAAAGUUCUUGCAUCAACGCCCACUCCUGUGACAAGUCCAAUGGAAAGCACUACUAAAACAGUCACCAUGCAAAAAUAUAAUCCUGAUAAGAAAAUUCAGCCACAAACUAAGAAAAGGGUGGUUCCGUCACAGGACAGUGGAAAAACGGAAAUUCCACAACGGAAUAAUACAAAAAAAUAUUCUCCUCCAAGGAAUAAUCUUCAAAAGAAAACAAGUAUCACUGCAAAAACUGGAGCUCCCAAAAAGACUAUUGCGUCACACUCUAAUGUGAAGAAGGCCACUCCAACAAACAUGAUCCCAAGCCCUACCGCAAAGAGUACUGUACGUAAUAGACCUCCAAAGAAGACCAUUCCACCAAAUUCUAAAGUCAUAAAGACUAGCCCACCAACCACCAGUCCCAAAAAGACCAUUCUUCCAAACCCAACUAUGAAAAAGGCCACUCCAACAAAUACAACAUCAAAAGAUACUUCUCCAUCUACCCCUACUGUGAAGAAGAAAAAUCUGCAGGAUAAGCCUCCAAAGAAGACCAUCCCAUCAAACACUAAAGUGAUAAAGACUAACCCACCAAGCACCAGUCCUAAAGCAAACAUUCUUCCAAACCCUACUAUGAAAAAGGCCACUCCAACAAAUACAUCAAAAGUGACUUCUGCUUCAACUCAUACUCCAAAGAAGAAAACUCUACAGGAAAAGCAUCCAAAGAAGAGCAGUCUACCGAACACUAAAGUGAUAAAGACUAACCCACCAAGCACCAGUGUAAAAAAAAUCAUUACUUCAAACCCAACCAUGAUAAAAGCCACUUCAUCAAAUACAACAUCAAAAGAUACUUCUCCAUCAAUCUGUACUGCAAAGAAGAAAAGUCUGCAGGAUAAGCCUCCAAAGAAGACCAUCCCAUCAAACACUAAAGUGAUAAAGACUAAUCCACCAAGCACCAGUCCCACAACAAACAUUCUUCCAAACCCAACUAUGAAAAAGGCCACUCCAACAAAUACAACAUCAAAAGGGGCUUCUCCUUCAACUGAUACUGCAAAGAAUACUUUACAGAAUAGACAUCCAAAGAAGAGCAUUGCACCUAACACUAAAGUGAUAAAGACUAACCCACCGAGCACCAGUCCCAAAAAAACUAGUCUUCCAAAGAAGAGCAUUCUACCAAAGACUAAAGUGAUAAAGACUAACCCGCCAAACAUAAAUCCGAAAAAGAAUAUCCCUGCACAGCCAACUGCAAAGAAGACUCCAUCAAACACUACCCCAUCAAAUCCUUCAGCAAAGAGGGCACUAAAUAAUACACCAAACAAUAUUUAUUCAUCAACCUCUCCAGUGAAAAUGUCCAUUCCAGCAAAUACUACGCCAAGAAUGACUGUCCCAAAGAAUAGCGUGAAAAAGACUAAUCCACCAUACACUGGUACCAGAAAUGCAUCUACACCAAAUACAACUCCAAAAAAGACUACUGUAGUUAAUGAUCCUUCGAAAAGGAAAACUCCAAACACUACUUCUAAAAAGACAGCUCCAACAAAGAACAUUCCAGAGAAAAAAGCAAAAUUUUCACCUAAAAAAGAGGUUAGUUUAAAGGCCAAUCCCAAAAAAACAACUGAACCAAAGAAAACUUUCACAAAACAACCUCAAAUAAAGACCAACCUUAAACACAACCCGAAAAACCCCUCAGAAAAUGCUAAGUCAAAGGUCAAUGUUAAACAGAAUAAAGUCAAGGAGACGAAGACCAAUCAAAAACGGAACACUAAUUACUUUACCACAUCCUCCACCCCUUAUCAGGUCUUUUCUUCCAUGGUUCCUUCCAGCAGCGUUGUACAAGUUACAGUGGUGAGCUCGUCUCACUCUGAUUCAAAAGCCGGUCCUUCAUUCAUCAACAGCGAUGCACCGGUCACAGGCAGAACUCCAGUCAUGCACUACAGCGACACAGAGAAAGAGUCCAUUUCACCAGACCCUUCUGAUGAUUUCAUAACACCACUUCAUAAUAUUAACACUGAGGUUGACACACAAACUAUUCCAUCUAGUGAAAUCACAGCGACAAGUAGUGGUGAAGCUACCAGCUGGACUUAUCGAAGUGGUGAUAGCAAUAAAGAGUCUUACAGCAGUUCGGGAGUGGUCACAGAUACUGUUGUGCUGGAGGAUAGCCUCUCCAUGGUGAUCCCGACUAUAAACGGAGAGGACACAACAGAGAGAGCCUUUCCACCCUGGCUUGACCUUUCUGACUACAUCCCUGCAGGUAUACCCAUUUCCACAACGACCUCAAACCUUCCUGCCUCCCCAGUUCCCACUGAGGUCCCUCACACAAAGGAAGAACAAGUGACAGUAAGCCCUGAAAUCAUCUCCACUUUGAAGCCUCCGCAAAAUGCUGCGGAGAAUAAUGAGAGCAACUCAAUCGCUGCAUUCGAUAACAGAGUCAUUGUUGCAGUUAGUGACAUUUCUCAAAACAAUCUGAUCCCAAGGCACCUCAGAGAACGAACCAGGAACAAACGAAUACAAGAACUUCUGGAGGAGAAGCGAAAUUUUCUCCUCAGAAUGAAAAGGGGCAACACAGAACAAUAGAACAACGGAGAUAAACUCUUCUUGAGUCCAACAAUGUUUUAUAUCAGGCCUCCCAAAAGGAGAAAAAAAAGAAACGAAACAUCCCUUAAGUUUCAAGUGAAAAUCAAAGAUUGGGCAUAAUUGUCUUGCUGAAUGUUGCAGAGUUGGUUCAAAUUGGCAUGUUAGACACAGUACUGAGAAAUAAACAGGUUUGAUAUUGCACAGGGCCUUUGAAAAGCCAAGUUGUUUUCCGUAUUCACAACCAGCCUGAGAAUUGAAUCACCAUGUAGAUAAGAUGUAAUGUAUUUUUUAAAUAUUGUUUUUCUAAGUACACGGAGAACAGAAUUCAUCACCUAUUGUCUCAAGUUACAGUGUUAAGCUACUGCCAGUGACUGCAGCCAGCCCCUCAGACGUUAGCGUCCCUUGAAAUGGUCAUUUUGAAUGAGAUUAAAUAUUUUAUUUUAGUCAUUCUGGUAAAAUUAGACAUUUACAAAGUUCCUGUUGGUUGUGAUUUAAACUUUUACACGUGUUAGAAUAGCUCUAUUUCCAAAACUAACAUUUUCUGUAACAUUUCUGAGUUCUCAGGAAUCUAAUUUUGAAAGAUUUAUUACAGGCAUUUGAAAAUAUUUGGUGCUUAAAGUUCCCGAAAAGCCAAAUAAAAAGUGUUGAAACACAAAGGAAAUAAACAUUCACUGACUGCUUUUUGGUCAAUGAAAUGGCUUUUCUUUCAUUAGUGUUGCCCAAAGUUAAGAUAUUUCUCAUGCAUUUAUUUAUGGAAAAAAUACAUAUAGAAAAGAAAAACGAUUCUUAGUUUAACAUCCGAGGGCCAAUGUGUUUUUCUCUCUUAGUUCUCAAAAGUUGUAUUAUUUGUACAUGUUAAGUUACAUCAUCUGAAAAAUCGCCUAUAUUUCUGUACUAUAUAUGUACAUAUGAAAAAGAAGUUAAUGUUAAAUAUUUAUUAAAGUUUAAAUGCUUUUGA